AUGUCCCGUUCGAACCCCGCCCUAGCGGCGCGCUACACCGACAAUGAGGACGCCGUUAUGAUUGACGUGGACGACCUGGAGGAUGACGAUGACGAAGACGAGGAGAUGGUACAGCUGAAGCUGCAGGAAAUCCAAGCGCGCAUGAAGUUGAAAAAGAUACAAAAUGCAAAGGCGCAAAGAAGGGCUAACUCGUCCAUGGAUGCACGAUCGAAUGGAGGCCGACCAGAAAGCGCUUCGGCCAACAACAACAACAACAACAACAACAACUCGAUGCAACCCCCGGCCGGACUUCCCAUUCAGUCAAGGUUAGCUGCGGCAAGAGAUAGGAUGGAACAACAGUCAAAUCCCGUUCAGAUCCCCGCUUCUCCGGUCAGGAGGGGACGUAGUGAAUCCGCUCCUCAGCCACCUCAGUCCCCCACGAGGCUCAUGUUGGGAAUCGACAAGGGACGAAAAGCGGCCGACAUGUCACUGAAAAGGGCGCCCACAUUACGAAAGGUCGAAAGCGAACGUUCCUCCCAGAAUCUGAACUCCCAACAGUCAGGCUACUUGCGACGGUCCAUGACGACAUCCUUUAGCCAAGAUCAACCCAGCUCCAGCUCCCGUCGUCCUGUGAGCUUCGACGGGCGGGCAAGUUCUUUCUCGCAGGCAGAAGAAAGACGUCCCUUAAGUUUCAACGAGCGGCUAGCAUCCGCCAGGAACGAAGAGCAGGAGCGCAGGGAAAAAGCACAGAGGAUACAGAAGAUCAGGAGUAAUGCCUUCAGUAUUGGCAGGGAAGAGAUGGAGGAGUACAAGACAAAAGCGGUGGACGUUCCCGAAGUUCCCUACAAGGCUCCGGAAUAUUCUCGGGACGAUAUCCUGUCAGCGACUGCAAGAUCUUCAUCAAGGCCAGCCAUGAGCGCAUCAUCAUCGUUCACACAACCAAGCUCAACACAAGUCAACUCGGACAAUGAACCUGGCUUCGAACCUUAUUCAGGUCUUCGCCUGUCCAAGCGCAUUCUUCCCCAUAAUGUGGUCACUCGCGCUAUUACAGGCAAGAAGACCUACGGUUUGAAGGACCUUUUGCGGCAAGUCAAGGCGCCUGACUGGUCCCUUCCUGAUGUCGAGUCUGAUGUAGUCGUUUUCGCCAUCGUCGCAACCAAGUCUGAACCGCGCAGCCAUCGUAGUGAUGGCAAGCCCUUGCAAGAACGCGGCAAGUACAUGGUCAUCAGCCUCUGUGAUCUUCAGUAUGAAGUGGAACUGUUUCUCUUUAACUCCGGAUUCGACCGCUUCUGGAAGCUCACGCCGGGAACCAUUCUCGCCAUCCUCAACCCCACCAUCAUGGCGCCAAAACAGGGGCAGCAAGAUACCGGUCGGUUCUCGUUGGUGAUCAACAGCGAUGAGGAUACCAUUUUGGAGAUUGGUAAUGCGCGCGACCUAGGCUAUUGCAAGAGCAUCAAGAAGGAUGGCAUGCUUUGCAAGAGUUGGGUCAACCUCCGUCGUACAGAGUAUUGCGAGUUUCAUACCAACGAAGCAGUCACCAAGUCGAGACAGGGAAGGUUGGAAUUGAAUAACUCUUUCGGGUUUGGAGACAAAUAUAAGCAAAACUCUAGGUACGCCAAGAGUGAAGAGGCCAAGAGAAAAGAGGAGGAAAUACGACUGAGGGGUCAAUACGACCGGUCAACCGGUAGUCACUUCUUUAUGAACCGUACUGCCGCGGAGCUCAUUGAUGGCGGUGGCAUGGCUGAUCAGGCUGAGAAGAAGGAGGCUAUCAAGAGAAGCUUGGCGAGGAAGGAGAAGGAAGCUGAGAUUGCAAGAAAACUGGGCGAGGUGGGUGGUGGUGCUGGGAGAGAUUACAUGAGUCGAGCCGCCGGUGGUCUUCGCGCAAGUUUCUCUUCUACCAAUUCAGUACCCAUGUCAGGCUCUACCUCCUUCUCGUCAGCCACAGCUUCGACACCCAUGUCGUCACUGUCCGGCCACAGCCAAAGCAACAGCACAAAUGACCCGCUAGGCUUUGGCGGCAGACCCCGAUAUGAUCUCCAAGCCCUCGGUCUACUCCGCAAAAAGGGCGAAGAACAACCCAAAAUCGAUCUCGGUCCAAUAAAGCGCAAGCGUCCCGAGUCCGCCCAGUCAAGCGAAAACAGCUUUAGCAAAUCCAACUCUACCAGCAGCGCAACCAUCACCCCCUCCAACUACACCACCAACACGAAAGCCCCCUCCUUGGGCUGGGGCUCCAGCCUGCGCGACAAGCUUUCGAGAAUGAAAGAAGGCGAGCGGCUCAACCUUUCCCACCGCCCCAGUAAUUCCAGCAUGCGCGAUUCCACCCCCGCCCUCACCAACUCCUCGUCCACCACCGCUUCGACCGGCCUCACCCCGGCCAUCAACCGUCUCUCCACCUCCGCUAGAGACUUCAACUUUACAAACUCCUCCUCCAACACCCAGACCAACCUCCCCAACCGCCCCUCGCCCGCCGUCCGCUUCUCCGCCGCCCCCAAUAAUUCUUCUGGUCCUACAACCACCACCAACGGUCCCACCACUUCCCACCACCACCACCACUCCUCCUUAUCCUCCUCUCGCCUCCUCGGCGUCUCCGCCUCCGCACGUCUAGCAGCCGCGAGAGCAGCCGCCGCUGCACAAGCUGCUGCUGCUGCCGACGGGCACUCGCAAGGGUCGCAACCGCCUGUCAGAAAAAAGACGCGGUUCGUCACGGAUAAGGGGAUCAGAGAGGCGGGCAGGGAUAGUUUGGGGGACAAGGGGUUUUUGAUGAGUGCGGCGCAGAAGAAUAGGAGGCAGGUGGUGUUGAGUGAGGAUGAUGAUGAUGACUUGAUUGUUUUGAAAUGA